AUGUCAGCAAGCAACUCAAAAGGAAUUAUAACAAUAAAGGACGACAAACAUCAAGACAUUGAAGAAGAUGAAAUUACUGCAAUUGACUAUGAAUUGAAACAGAUUGAAAGUGAAAUACAAAAGCUUGAAGAUCGUAAAAAGAUCUUAACUCAACGAAAAGAAAAAUUACAAGAUGAUGCACUUUUGAGAAAGAGUUUAGCUGUAUCAAAAAAGGAUUGGAAUAAAGAAGAUUUUAGUUGGUCCAAAGAUCUGAAAAAAGCUUUAAAGGAUGUUUUUAAAAUUCAAAAAUUAAGAGAAUUACAACUGCCAACUAUAAAUGCAAUUAUGUGUAAUGAAGAUGUUAUUUUAGUAAUGCCUACAGGUGGUGGUAAAAGUUUAUGUUAUCAAUUACCUGCUGUUAUUAGCAAAGGUAUUACAAUAGUAGUAUCACCACUAGUGGCAUUAAUGGAAGAUCAAUUACAUGGGUUACAUAAAAAUAAUGUGAAAGCUAUGAUGCUAAGUGCAAAAUGUAAUAAAGAAAAUGUAAAAACCAUAAUGAAUGCACUUGUAGAUAAGAAAUCUGAUCUUAAAUUAAUUUAUGUUACACCAGAAUAUAUGGCAAAAUCUAAUCGUUUUAUGAACAAAUUACAAAAAGCUUUUGAAAUGAAACGUUUAGAUCGUUUUGCAAUAGAUGAAGUUCAUUGUUGUAGUCAAUGGGGACAUGAUUUUAGACCUGAUUAUAAAUUUUUAGGAAUUUUAAAAUCCAUGUUUCAAGGUGUACCAGUUUUAGGUUUAACAGCCACUGCUCCAGCUAAAAUUAUUGUGGAUGUCCAAAAGAUGUUAGACAUUCAAGGUUGUUUAGUUUUGAGAGCUACUUUUAAUAGACCAAACCUAUUUUAUGAGGUUCGGCGUAAACCAGCGGAUAAGGAUAUAUGCGUAGCUAUGAUAGAAAAUUUGUUAAAAAAUAGAUUUAAGGAUAAAUCUGGAAUAAUUUAUACCACUACCAUCAAAGAUGCAGAACAGUUGACAACUGAUUUGAGAGCAUUGGACUUAAAAGUUGGAUGUUAUCAUGCAAUGUUAGAGUCAGAUUACAGAUCAGAAGUAUAUUCUAAAUGGAUGUCAGGAAAAUAUCAAAUUGUAGUUGCUACCAUUGCUUUUGGAUUAGGUAUUGACAAACCAGAUGUGAGAUUUGUUAUUCAUCACUGUAUUUCAAAAUCAAUGGAAAACUUUUACCAAGAAAGUGGACGUGCUGGUAGAGAUGAAAACAAAUCAGUAUGCAUAGUAUUAUAUAGACUGCCAGACAUAUUCAAAUUAAGCACAAUGGUGUUUCAAGAUAAAGUUGGUUUGCAGAAUUUGUACAAAAUGUUAGCAUAUUGUUUAGAUCAAACAUCAUGUAGACGUAGUUUAAUUGCAACACACUUUGAAGAAACUUGGACUACAAGUGAUUGUUUAAAAAUGUGCGAUCAUUGCCGAAAACCUAAAACGUGUAAACAAGUGAACAUAGCCCAAUAUUGUAGACAAUUAUUAGAAAUUAUGACUAAAGCAGUACAAAAUGAAACAAGAUUGACAGCUUUGAAACUUAUAGAUGCUUGGUAUGGUAAAGGUACACCAACAUUACGGGUAGCUUCUGUACCAACACCAAAAUUUACAAGAGAGUCAGGGGAAGCUAUAGUAGGAUAUUUACUCAUUAAUGGUUAUUUAAAAGAAGAUUUUCAUUUCUCUGCAUAUAGCACAAUAUCAUACUUGAAACGUGGACCCAAAGCAGUAUUAGCACUUGAUGAUAAACAUGAAAUACUCUUUAAUUAUGAAUUACAUUAA